GAUUCGGAUGAUUCUGAAGAUGGAGAAAUACAUUAUAAAGAUGACUAUGAUGAAACUUCUAAAGUAGCUCGGCAAGAUAGUUUAGCUCGAUUCUUAUCUAAUAGACCAACUAAAAACGAUUUAAUUGAAAAAAAUAUCAUUCCAAAUAAAUCAGACAGGGAAAAACAACAAACUAAGGAAGCCAUAGAAUCCAAAUUAACCAGACGGUUAAGUUUACGACCGACACAAGAAGAAUUAGAACAAAAAAAUAUUCUUCAUACCCAGUCAACUGAAGAAAGAAUUAUGACAAAAGAAGAAAAGAAGAGAUAUUUAAUUAGAAAGUUAAGUUUCCGACCGAGUGUAGAAGAACUUAAAGAAAAGAAAAUUAUAAAGUUUAAUGAUUAUAUUGAAAUGACAGAUGCUCAUGAAUAUGACAGAAGAGCUGAUAAACCUUGGACAAGAUUAACACCAAAAGAUAAGGCUGUGAUAAGAAAAGAAUUAAAUGAGUUUAAAAGUAAAGAAAUGGAUGUACAUGAUGACAGUAGACAUCUCACAAGGUAU